AAGAAGAAAAAGGAGAUUUCAGCUGUUGGAAAUGCAAGUGUUGAGCCGCCUAAGCUUUCCAAGGCGGCUAGAAGGUUUUAUAAUGAAAAUUUUAGAGAGCCUCCUCAAAGGUUAAGUAAAGUCCUUGCUGCUGCUGGAGUGGCAUCAAGGCGUGGAAGUGAGGAGCUUAUUUUUGAUGGCAAGGUGACUGUUAAUGGUUCUGUGUGCAAUGCUCCUCAGACUCGAGUUGAUCCUGCAAAGGACAUUAUUUAUGUCAACGGGAGCCGACUUUCUAAAAAACUGCCUCCUAAGGUAUAUUUGCUCAUCUGGGGAGAAAGAGUUCAAAUCUGUCCUGGAUCUAUUUGAGGAUUAUUUAAAGAGAUGGGACAAAAUGAAUAGAGGUUCUCCCAAGCCACGAUUAUUCACUGUUGGCCGACUUGAUGUUGCUACAACUGGCUUGAUUAUUGUGACCAAUGAUGGAGAUUUUGCUCAAAAGUUGUCACAUCCUUCAUCCAACUUAAAUAAGGAAUACACUGCGACAAUUAAUGGUGAAGUAAAGAAGCGGCACUUAAUUGCCAUCAGUGAAGGGACAGAAAUUGAAGGCAUUCAUUGCAUCCCAGAUUCUGUGGAAUUACUUCCGCGGCAGCCAGAUUUGUCAAGACCUCGUCUUCGUAUUGUGGUUCAUGAAGGGAGGAAUCAUGAAGUUCGUGAACUUGUGAAAAAUGCUGGACUUGAGAUUCAUUCGUUGAAGCGUGUACGCAUAGGUGGUUUCAGACUUCCAGCAGAUCUAGGGAUAGGGAGGCAUGUCGAGCUAAAACAGAGUGACCUUCAUGCAAUGGGUUGGAAGAGUUAGCGAAGUCACUGCUUCAGUGGCGGCAUCUGCAUUUUCUUUGGUCUCCAUGGAAAGGCCUUCAACCAGAUGUUACAUGUCCAUGGAGUCACUGAUUUCUUGAGAGCAUGGGAACUGGCCCCUUCAUGGCAAUGGUUUAUGGGCCUAUGAGUUGGACAUCAUGAUUUCUCAUUGUGUUGGAUGACUAUUGCAGGCAGGCCGCAUCUUCUUCUAUGGAAAAGGGCAUAAUUCUUGAAUUACUACUUCUGUGAGGUAAAAUUAUUUAUAUAGAUGUGGAGUUGUUUUGUACAUAUGGAGCUCUAAUACAUGCUACAUUACCAAACUGCUUCAUGGAAAUCAAAUGAUUGUAAUGGAUCUGGUUUAAAGAAAAGGAACAUCAGGGCAGAAGCAAUUGCAUUUUGUGAUGAAAAUUUGCACAAGGUUAUAGAAA